AUGAAUAAAUUUGGCCAAAAUGGUUUUUUUAACUCAAUCAACCGAAGAAGGUUCAGACCUAGUGCUUCAGACCUCAUGGAUGACAGUCAUAAGGGAGGACUUGGAGUGUUACAGUUGCUGAAGGAAGAAACUAAGGAUGAACCAGAGGAGCAGGAAAGCUCUAUUAUAAGUACAGGAACCUUCUCAAAUCAGAAAUCUAACUUCAGGUCUAUAUUAAAACCAAUUGAUCUUGACGAAGACAAAAAGUCGCUUCUUAGUAAAGUGAGGCUCGAAGAUCUCAAAGAUGACUCAGAUUAUGGAUGAAUCAUAGCUUUGACUGAAAAUAGAGCAAGAGAGAUAGGCUUUGCUUGCAUAAGUCUUAGAGAUUUCUCAAUCGAAUUGACUCAGAUCUCAGAUUCCCAGACAUACAUUCAUACUUUGACCGUACUGCAUAAUUACAACCCGACUGAAAUAAUCAUACCUCACACAUUACAAGAGUCAGGAUUAUGCCUCAAGAUCAAGGAUGAGAUUGAGAGCUAUGAAAAUGUCCUUAAAUUUAUCCAAAGAAAGUUAUUUAACGAAGAGAAUGGAAUCAGAAUCUUUGAGGACUCUACAGCUGAUCGUCCCUUCAUAGAUUUUGAUAAAUAAGUACAUCGCAAUGGCCUCCUUGUCAGGUCUGUUUAACUACUGAGAGUCUCAGUCAAUUGUACUUGACUCAAAAUGCUUGAAUGUGAAACUUAUCAGUGAGAACGAGAGAAUGAACUUGGAUUUUAUGACUUAUCAAAAUCUUGAACUAACUUAUAACCUCAAGUAUCUCAAUAACAAGUAUACCUUAGCAUCUCUUUUUCAUUGUGAGACAGAGGCUGGAAGUAAGAUCACUAUCAACAACAUCCUAAAUCCCCUAAAAUCAGUGAAGAGUAUCCAAAAGAGACAAGAGGUUGUGAGUGAGCUCUAAAGACAAAGGCAAUCUAUCGUUCUGAGGUUAAAUCAAUCCUCUCACAGUUCAAAUAAAUUUGACAUUUACAUUGGAAGAAUUUUCAGCUGCAAGCACUCGUUCCACAGAAAUAAACCAAACGACUCAGAUACAGCUGUGCUUAUGAGUGAGUAUGAUAUCAGAACAAUGCUGAGCAAUAUUAUCAAAUUCUACUCAUUUUUGAGCCAAAUCCAGAAAUUCACUGAAAUCAUCAAGAAAGGCGAAUCAGAAAUGCUACAAGAAAUGGGGGUCUCGAUUGAUGAUAGGAAGAUAGAUACCAUUAUUCUUGUUAUACAGAAGUACCUUGUUGUAAAGACCAAUUCUUUGAGCAAGUUCAACCAGAAAGGGAAGAAAUUUGACAAGAGCAAUGAGCCCCAGAUCUUACCUAAGAACAACAUUCAACAGAUUGGGUGUAUUAAGAAAGGUGUCAAUGAUUUUAUCGAUCUUUGAAAAGAGUCUUACAGUGAUACUAUGAAUAAGAUCCAGAGGCUAACGAUCAGGUUACAGAGAACUCUUCUCAAGAACAUCAAGCUAGGCUAUAACAAGACUCUUGGAUACCAUUUUACAUGUAAGAAGGAGGAUUAUGAAGAUAAAAUCAGUCAGAAGAAGGCCAAAGAGCAUAGCAUUGUUGUACUUGGCAGGCUCAAGCACGCCAUAAGGUUCAGAACAAAAGAGCUUUUGAAGUAUAAUCUUAAGCUGAAGGAAUAUGAGAAUGAAAUCUUGUAUCUCACACAAGAAAUUGUAAUAGAAAUAUUGGUAGUGAUCAAGCAGAAUAUAUCCAGUCUUUUUAACGUGGCUAAUACAGUAGCAACCGUUGAUAUGUUACUAGCAUUUGCACUGUUUUCUAUCGAGCAAGGGAUGACUACUCAGCCGGUCAUACUUGAUGAGCACCAGGAAGAUCAACCUCUUUUGUACAUUGAGAAAGGGAGAAAUGCAUUCUUUCAUGAAGAGAAUAUCUCAGUUGCAAAUGAUGUGAGCCUUACAAAAUACGAGUCUACUAUGAUAUUAACAGGAAUCAACGGAAGUGGCAAAACCUUUUACCUCAAGAUGAUGGCAGUCAACACUAUUCUUGCCCAGAUUGGAUGAAAUGUUCCAGCAGUUUCAAUGAUCUUAAGGCCAUUUGAUAAUUUAUAUCUAAGAAUGAGUGCUAGAGAUUCAAUGCUCAAAUCUGAAUCAUCAUCAGAUUCAGAACGGAAACAGAUGAAAUACAUAGUAGAUUACGCUGUGUCAAACUCCUUAAUUCUGCUGGAUGAGGUUGGAAAUCUUCAAAACUAUGAUAUAACUUUGACGACCACUGAUUUGUUCAAAUUGCUUUCAAGACCUUCUACUUUGAUAUGUAUCAGUACUCAUUUUCCUAAUAUUCCAUCACUGUCACUAUACUACCCAACCAUCGUGAAUAAGCACCUUGAAUCAUUGUUCAAUGAAGAAACUGGCAAGAUUAAAUGUACACACAGAGUUAAAGAUGGAGUCAAUCAGAGUUGAUUCAACUAUGGCAUUGCUAUGUGCCUGUUCAGAAAGAUCCUGUUCUCUGUUGAUAUCAUUGAGAUCGCCUUUCUUACCCUCAAGAAGUUGGAUGAUGUAUUUCAUAUGUCAAUUAACAAAAACAAGCCUGAAGAAAUGUCUAAGACAUUCUGUGAGUCAACUGAGAAGGCAAAUCAUCUGCUAAAGUCUCUUUACGGACUAAAACUGGAGUCCAUCUCAAGAUUGACAAAGGCCAAGAGACUGAACGAUGAAGAAGGAUACAGAAAAAUUGAGGCUGAAGAAGUGGCCCAGUUUGACCAGAAAGUCAAGGAGCUAUGCGAGCAGAAUAACUUUGUCCAAUAAAAUUAAGUCCUAGCGUAAAAUUAGUGCAACGCAGGGUUG